AUGGCUCUAAAAUGGCAGCUGGUACAGGAUGGUGCAGUGUGUGGUUUUCGGGGUCUUGACCAUUUUAUCUCUUGGAAACGGAGCCUUGCCCUGUCAAACUCGGUUUUUCAAUGUGAACUUCUGGCCUUGCGUAAGGCUGUACGCUUGGCACUAUCAUUGACUCCUCAUACUUCAUCUAUUUUGACUGAUUCUUUAUCUAGCUUGCAUGCUCUCUUACAGUUUCAGAGUCGAAAUCCGCUGGUUCGAGACAUUCAACGGUUAUUACAAGCUUGUCCUGUCACUCAGAGGCCGUCCCUAGCUUGGAUACCGGCUCAUGUUGGUAUUGCAGGAAAUGAGGCGGCAGACCUGCUGGCUAAGGAAGCUGUUUGUAGCACUUCCAUUUCAUUUUCCUCUUCUUUCCCUUUUCCUUCUUCUCACCUUAAGCGGGUUUCUUUAGCUCUUCUUCAAGAACAUUGGCAACGCCGUUGGGAAAAUGGUUCAGUAGGUCGGCGUACCUUUUCAUUUAUUCCCAAGGUCUCUCUUGAAUUACUCUCUACUUCUUCUUCAACAACCUGGUUCUUAACGGGACAUGGCCCUUUUCCUCAAUACCUUUUUCGAUUUGGAUUUAGAGAUAACGAUCUGUGCACCUGUGGACAGGUAGGCGACCCAGAUCACUUUUUAUUUCACUGUCCGCAUACAUUAUUACGUUUACAUAUGCAGUUAACAGCGGAUUCUAAUCUUCCCCAUUUUGUAUCACAUCUUAAUGCACAUCCUUAUUUGGCAAAUCAAUUACAACUCGUAAUGCAAUAUUGCAGACAAAACUACGUUCAAUUCAUACAACAUUAA